UGCACGUGCGGCGGCGUCUUGCGGGGCAGCGGGAACCAGAAGGUGGGCGCCGUCGUCAACGCCGUCGGAUACUACGUGGUCGGCCUCCCCAUCGGGAUUUCACUGAUGUUUGCCGCCGGCCUCGGAGUGAUGGGCCUGUGGUCUGGGAUCACCGUCUGUGCCAUCUCCCAGGCUCUGUGUUUCCUAGUCUUUAUUGCUCAACUCAAUUGGAAAAGCGCGUGUGAGCGGGCUCAGGUACAUGCCAAUUUGAAGCUAAACAUGGCCCAGGACGGGACUUCUGCUCUCUCUCAGGAUCCACUUUACCCAGGGGGACCUGAAAACCAUGGAGGCAUUUUGAUGAGAGAUGUUGAAAUAAAAGAGGAGACUCAGUCGGAUCAGCAGGUGCCCCUGGCGGAGUGCCUCCAGGUCCGUCCCAGGACCUCGUCCCCAUUGUCUGGGAAGCAGCUGGUGCUGCGGCGCGGGCUCCUGCUCCUGGGGGCCCUUUCCAUCUUGCUGCUGGGGAUUUUAGUGAGGGUAUGUGUCCGAAUUCAGUGAUGUGCAAGAGAGAGAGCGCGUUAGGUCAAGGAAAACUUUUGAGCUUACGAACAAAUAAUUCGUAGGCCCGACGGCGGUUUCAGUUACUGUUAUUCACCUGUGGAUUUCAAGAAGGGAACGUUCAAAGAUAUAUUUUCUGAUGAAAAGGAACUAAGGUAAAAGCUACGUGCUAGUCCAGGACAACGUCUGGAAGAUUCCAUCCACCACUGUUCCAGUCGGGGACCACUGUGUACUGGCUGUGUCAACGAAUGCCUGCUAUUUCUUCCACUUAAUGUUUCUGUAGACACAAACCCAUAUACCGAAUGCUUAAGGAUUCUCACUCUCUGAAUUAUUUAAAAUAUAUUUUACAAUCUCU